GGAGGACGCUCGCGGGCCCCCCAGCUAACCCCCGCUGUAGGCUUAAAUCUCCUACCAUGGGGGAAGAAGGCGGCGGCCGCAGCUGUGGGACCACUAGGGAGCUGCAGAAGCUGAAGCAGCAGGCGAUGGAGUACUACCGGGAGAACGACGUUCCGCGCAGGCUGGAAGAGCUGCUCAACUCCACCUUCUACCUCCAGCCUGCCGAUGUCUACGGGCACCUGGCAAACUGCUUUUCUAAACUUGCAAAGCCUCCCACCAUAUGCAAAGUCGUGGGGAAAAAUGUGCUGGAUGGACUGGGGCUUCCAACACUACAAGUGGAAAUAUUCUGCACCAUUCAAAAUUUUCCCAAGAAUAUAUGUUCUGUGGUGAUCUCAACUCACUUCGAAGUCCAUGAGAACGCUUUACCCGAGCUAGCUGAAGCAGAGGAAUUAGAAAGGUCAGAUGCCGUCAGCACUGCGGUGCGGUGGGUCAACGAAACCAUCACCGAGGAGCUUCAGGGCUUAGCUCCUUCCAACCAGGCUGAGGUGGAUCAGGUGCUCAGGACAUUCUUUGAAAGUAAAGUACAAGAAGAUAAGGAGAGAAAAGAAUUGGAAAAGAGCCUGGAAGACUCCACAGUGCCUACAUCUUCACCUCUAACACCACCACUGCCUCCUCCACCUCCAGCCAAAAAAAAAGGACAAAAGCAAGGGAGGAAGGAUACUCUUACAGAAAAACCAGUUAUACCCCCAGAACCUGUUGAACCCAUACUCUGUGGCAGCAUGGCCAUAGGAGCUGUGUCACUGGCUGUUGCCAAAACCAGUGCCGUGCUGGGCAGUAAUCCUCUAUACUUAAAUAUUGCACUGCUGAAGCACCACCAGGAGCAGCCGGCAAAGCUAACUAUACCUCUCCUGAUGGUAUCUCUGGUCAGCUGUGGGAAGUCAUCACCUGGCAAGCUGAAUUUAAUGAAAGAAGUGAUUGGUAUACCCCAUCCUGGACUAACAGCUAAACAAGGUGUGGACAUGCUUCUGGAAAUUCAGAAACACAUUAACCAAGCAAUUGAAAUGUCCCCUCCUCCAAAACCAGAGACAAGAAAAAGUCAAAAUGGAGGCAAAAGAGGUCAACAGCAGAUCACCGGCAAGAUGUCCCAUCUUGGCUGUUUAACCAUUAAUUAUGACACCAUAGAGCAGCCACUGCUCCUAAUACAAGGAAUCUGUGCGAACCUGGGGCUAGAAAUGGGAACGAAUCUCCACCUAGCCAUCAACUGUGCUGCACAUGAACUGAUGGACUAUAGUAAAGGAAAGUAUGAAGUGAUGAUGGGAACCUACAAAAAUGCAGCUGAGAUGGUUGACCUGUAUGUGGAGCUGAUCAACAAGUUCCCUUCAAUUAUUGCCUUAAUUGAUCCUUUCAGGAAGGAGGACUCUGAACAGUGGGACAGCAUCUACAAUGCUCUUGGCUCCAAGUGUUACAUAAUUGCAGGCACCGCAUCCAAAAGCAUCUCUAAACUUCUAGAGGAUGGGAACGUCGGCAUCCUCAGAUGCAGCGGGCUGAUCGUAAAACACACAAAUCAAACUACGAUGUCCGACUUGGUGGAAGUGACCAAUCUUAUUGACAGUAAGAAGCACAUCGCUGUCUUUGGAAGUGCAGAAGCAGAGUCGUCUGAUGACAGCCUUGUCGAUUUGGCCGUUGGACUUGGUGUCCGGUUUAUCAAGUUGGGAGGUCUUUCUCGUGGCGAACGGGUGACUAAGUACAAUCGCCUCUUUACUAUAGAGGAAGAACUUGUCCAGAAUGGAACACUGGGUUUCAAUGAAGAACACACAUUUUUCUACUUGAAUGAGGAAGCCGAAAAGGCUGCCGUGGCUGGUGAGCUUCCUGAGCCCCCGGAGCCCAUCUUCGCCACAGAAGUUGUGGAGGAAUCAGCCAAAACAUGAGUGUCUUCCAGACGUGCUGCACACGCCCCAGCUGACAGACACACCACUGUAUUAUUAGACUGGGAGCUCUCAAGUGU